CAGCCAUCAGCCAUAUGACUGAAGCAUGGUGGAAGCAGAUCCUCUAGCCCAGGUUAAUAUUAAAACUCAGAGCUUGGGAACCUAGGAGCUCCAAAAUACUUCAAGAAACCCCAGGGCCGCCCAUCGUUCCUGCGGGAAUGGGGAAGUAGGGGCAGGUGUCUUCGCCACCGCCGUGAGCUCCGUGAAGACUCUCUGCCAAGAGUCCCCUUCUCUCUGCUCACCUUUCUCACCUCCGUGUCCCCAGUGUCUGCCUGUUGGGGAGCUGAUGCUCAACUGAUAUGUGUUGUCAGGAUAAAUGAAUGAACCAACUCUAUGAGGCUCUCUGAGGACAGCUCAACUGGCCCAGGCUCCCCUCCCUGGAGCUGCCCCCGGAACCAUGGAGAGUCUGAGUGAACUGCAGAACCCUCUGCUGCCUCGGAGCCCUGCCCCCCUCCAUGGCCCCUACCCCUACCCCGAGGCUUCGCCCAGCUGGUCAUGCCAGGAGAAACUCUACUCCUACCUACUGGGUGGUGCUGGCUCUGCUCGCACCCACCAGCUCCUGGACCCAGGAUCCCUGCAGCUGGCCGUGGAGGCCUGGUACAGGCCCACCUGCCUCCUGGGGAGGGACAAGGUCAAGGAACCCAAGGCAAACAGCUGUGAGACCAGCUUCACAGAGAACAGGGAGCCCCAGGCUGGGCCCACGGAGCGGUCCACAGAACCUGGCCAACUAGAAGAGGAUGUCACCAUCCAGACUGUGUCCUAUGGGGUUCAGGAAGAGAUACAGGGCCAGGAUAAUGACCAGGAAGAGGAGGAGAGUGAUGUGACCUCAACAGACAGCGAAAGUGAAGACAACUUCAUGGCGCUGCCCCCCAGGGACCACCUGGGCCUUACUAUCUUCUCCAUGCUCUGCUGUUUCUGGCCCCUGGGCAUCGCUGCCUUCUACUUCUCCCAGGGGACCAGCAAGGCCAUCUCCAAGGGAGACUUCCGCCUGGCCAGCACCACCUCCCGCAGAGCCCUCUUCCUGGCCACACUCUCCAUCGCCGUGGGCGCCGGUCUCUAUGUGGCCGUGGUGGUGGCUCUGGCAGCUUACAUGUCCCAGAAUGGCCAUGGCUAGUGGCCAGCAGAGCCUGGCACCCUGGCUCACCUCUCUGCCAAAGGAGGUGGUGAGGCUUAGGGUUGCAGACUCUCUGGAGAGCCCUGGUCCCGGAAGACAAUCCACAAUCCUGGCUUGUUGUGGGGAGGCCUCCCAGGCUGUAGCUGGCAGGGCUCCACCAUCACUUCUUGUCUACAGCCCCCAGUAUCAGAGCAGAACCAGGACCACCACCCUCUCGCCCAGGCUAUGUCAGGAAGCAAGAGAGAAUAGGGCUGCCCACCAAGCCAUCUAGGCAGGACCUACCUCUGGCUUGAGGCUGGCUGGGAACUCAGCCUAUUCUGUCCCCCCUCCCACCACGGGUCACCUGCCAGGCCAGCAGCCCACUUCCCAAUCUUCUAGCCUCUCCACAGAGAAAAAGCAGAAGAUUACUGGGAGAUAAAAGGACACCUGGGGGUAGGGGAUCUGACCCAGUUCUUCGGGCUAAUCGGAGUCUCCACUCUGGGGACAACCUGAGCUUCCCCAGCUCCAUUCUUGGGCCCCAUGAGACCAAGACCUCCAGCCAAUCAGGAGGGAAAGACACAGAAACACAGGGGGCCCUGGCUCUUCCUGGCUGUCUCCUGUGGGCUUGCAAGACACCAUAGAUUCUAGAUAGAGAAGAAGAGUCCCAGGCAUGUAAGCUCUACACCCAGGGUAGGUUCUUAGAGCUUCCUUGUGCAGGAAUAAAAGACAGAUGUGAUGACAGAGGUCCUGAAUUAUUGCCAGACUACUUAGGCCUCCCUGUUCCACCUCUGGUCCCCACCUCUAUCAUCCUUUUCUGGUCUCCUCCUGGGAGGCCCUGAGCUAAUACCAUCCCAGAGAGUGUCAUUAGCCUACCAGCCACUGAGCAGAGGGCCCUAGAUCCAGCCCUGUGGGAAAGCAGCAAGGAGAGGCCUUGGGGAGUCAUGAAUGUAAACGAGGGGAGGAUACAGGACUGGCAUGGGGGCUGAGCAACCCAGCAGUGCUCAGAAGUCUUCCUGGAGGAGGUGUCCCUUGAGCAAGGUCUAGAGGGAUGAAGAGAAUUCAUCUAGGAGAUUUGUUUCCCCAUAACCUUUAGUUUUCAUGAACAGGGACAUGGCAGGAGUCUCCCAAGCUAUUCGGAUUAUGCCUAGGGCAUCUGGGCUGGAGCCAAACUACAGCCAUUUCUGAGGCUUCACCACCUCAGAGAAGAAGGUUAGGCAGCAUGCUCUCAAAGACCAGUGAUGUUUUCCCACCUCAGAAUGCUGGGGGUCAGCCGUCUUCACUGAUGUCCCUAAUCAGAGCUGCUCCCAACACCUCCAGCCACUAGGGAACAUCCAGAAUUUUAGAGGCAUCCAGGCAGCCAGGAGGGCGGUACCUUGGGAGGGCAGGCCUGUCUGGGCUCAAGCAAAAGACCCAACUGUGCAGGAUCUGGGGACUUGGUCAUUCCCAGGCUGCACCCAGAGCCCAGGGCUGUGGAUCGACCACUGGCCCACCUUGUCCCACCAUCCUCCCCAACCUGGCCUUGCCCCCACCCUCUACUCCCUGCAUCCCCUGAAGUCCCACAGGCCCAGGAUCAGUGGUUUUAAUAUCCCACAAUUGUAUAUAUUUAUCCUUGUA